GUUGUUUGUUAAAUUAGUCAUCCCUCCUAGGCAAGAAAGCCCGUCAAAUUUACACGAAGUUUUUUUUCAAAACCGAUUUGUAGCAAUGGAGCAGUGGAUAGACACGGUUAAUGUCACUUCUUAUGCCAUGUCCCUUUUUUCCUUUAUCUAGCAGAAGGUUUAUGCUUCAAUUAUGGAGUUUUAAAAAGCAGAGUGUGAAUUUUGAGGGGAAAGGUGGGCUUUCCCCUCAAGUUGAUGGUUGGACUGCAGGGUGCCAAGGUUGGAGGAAUUCUUGAAUGUUUUGCCUUAUGUAAAAAUAUAUAUACAUAUAUCCGAAGAGCUCAUAUAGGACGGAUUAUUUUUUAUUUAAUUUUAUGAUUUUGUAUACAAGAUAAAACUGGUUGUUUUUUUUAUGUUGUGAUGCCAUACGAAGCCAGCACCUUGGCUUGCGGUCAGCAUUUUGGUGAGAUGGUAGACUGAGCAAGUCCCACAGUUUCUGGGGUUGCUAGGGUGCGGUGGAACCUCAACACAAGCACAAUUCUAGCACUCCACUCCACAGCCAUCUCAACCUUUUAUUUAUUUUUCCCCCCAAAUUUAAUGCAUCCCCCCCAUCUCCCAUUGAGGGGAAGCCUUGAUUCAUUACAGAUUGUCACGGGUGCAGUGUGUGUAUUUGCCCCUGCAUAUUGUGUUGUCCUAGAAUCACUUUGUAUUUUCGGGUAGACUGUCAGAGGACAGCAGGCCUUUGUUUGGGAAGAUUUUGGUUGGUCAGAAUGAGUCUGGAAUUGCCGGACUGCACCCCAAAAUGCCGCUCACUGCAGCAUGGAAAUGAGGUGGUAGCGGCAAUAACGAGAGGCUCAGAGGGGCAGCUACGAGCUUUCUUAACAUCACACUGCCACAAUGCUGCGACUUUGCGGGAUGAAUUCGGUCGCACAGUAUUGCACCUGGCUGCCUCACUGGGAAAGAAGGCCUUACUGGAUUGGCUUUUGAAAAGUAAAAACGCUGACUUGACGGUGAAGGAUAAAGAAUCAAGCUGGACCGCUCUGCACCGCAGUGUCUUCUAUGGACAGAUCCACUGUCUCCUUUCCCUGGUCAAGCAUGGUGGAGUCCUCUCCACUCAGGAUAAGGAAGGUCUCUCAACCCUGGACCUGUUGAUGAAAGACCGACCACCUCAUGUUGUGUUUAAAAACUCAGACCCGACUGAAGUUUAUACCUGGGGAAACAAUACUAACUUCAGCCUUGGGCAUGGUAAUCAAGAGAGUCGACAGCACCCUGAACUCGUGGAUGUCUUCUCCAGGACAGGAGUUUAUAUUAAGCAGGUGGUGCUCUCAAAGUUCCAUUCAGUGUUUCUGUCUCAAAAAGGUCAAGUUUUCACAUGUGGACAUGGACAAGGAGGACGCCUUGGCCAUGGCGACGAACAAACUUACCUGGUUCCCCGAAUGGUGGAGGGUCUGAUGUCCCACCACUGUUCCCAGGUGGCAGCAGCAAAAGACCACACAGUGGUGCUGACAGAAGGAGGUUAUGUCUACACCUUUGGGCUUAACACCUUCCAUCAACUCGGUUUGGCUCCUCCGCCAGCUUCGGCACAUGUUCCUAAACAGGUGUUUUCCAAGACGCUGAAAGGGAGGACAAUAAUUGGAGUGGCAGCAGGCAGGUUCCACACAGUGCUGUGGACAAAGGAUUCAGUUUAUACAAUGGGACUUAAUGGAGGGCAGCUAGGUUACCUGUUGGAUCCCAAUGGAGAGAAGUGUGUAACAGCCCCACGGCAGGUAUCUGCUCUUCACCACAAAGAUUGCACCAUAGCAAUGGCUGCCGCAAGUGGUGGCGCCACUGUGAUUGUGACCGAGAAAGGAGAUGUCUACCUCUUGGCUGACUACCAGUGUAAAAAAAUGGCUUCAAGGCAGCUCAACAUCAAGAAAGUCCUUGUCAUUGGUGGCAAUCUCGACCAUCGUGUGAAUCCCCAGUUUCUAAAUGAGUGCGGGGGAGAAAAGGUGGCCAUCUUGGCUUUGGAUGAAGCUGGUCGGGUGUUCUGCUGGCGCUCCUCAGGUAGCUCAGUGAGACAGUGCCGGUGGGCGUAUGGGCGCCAGGUUUUCAUGUCGGACAUUGCUCUCAGCAAAAAUGGCAUGAUGUUUGUGACUCAGGAGGGGGAGGGUUUCAGUGGCAUGUGGGCUGGAGAAUAUAAAAAGUAUGGUGAGAAAAAAGACAUCAGAGUGGAGGUUUGUGGACAAUCAGAUUUUGGCACAGUGUUUGAGCGAAUUCGUCUGGAAAAGCUCCCCUACAUUCACAGAGCUGUCAGCAUCACCAUGGAUCCCAACGGUCGAAAUUUUGGAUUGCUCCAGGUUGAUCCCAAAACAAGUUUAUAUGAGGUUCCCAGCAUUUCUCCAUCCUCCUUUGCGACACACUUCCAGAGACUUUUGGAGGAAGCAGAUGAAAUGGACAGUAUCCAUGAUGUAACACUUCGGGCUGGCGAUCGCACCUUUGCAGCUCACAAAUAUAUCCUGUCUGUGAGGUCUGAGUUCUUCCGGAAACAAUUUAUGGCUGAGCAUUGUGGGAUUGAUGAGGAGCUUGAUAAAGAAGUGAGGAAGCAUGAAGAUGCUGUGGGCUGCGAUUUGUUCAUUUUGGAGAAGAUUCCACCGGACAUGCUAGAGCAUGCCCUGCACUUCAUCUACACAGAUAACUGUGAGCUACUGGUGCACGGCGCCCAACCUAGACACCAUAGAUCCCUGAUCAAACAAAGUCAGGAUUCAAAUGAGGAGAGGCCUAUCAGUAGCCUGCAGGACUUGGGCCUUAGAGCUCGCUCAGCACUGGAGGUGUAUCGGUCCCUUCCCCUUGCAGCCAAAGGAGAUUGUAACAAGACCACAAGCAAGGGCUCCAAACUUGGCAAGAAGGGGAAAGGCAAAGAUGACAAAGGUGCCAAUGAAGGUGCGGACAACCCAGUGAAAACUUUACAGGGAGUAGCAAAGAAGCUCGGCCUUGCAGGCCUGUCUGCACGACUGGAUGGUGUCAAAUAUGAGGGUGGAAAAAUCAAUGUUAUACACAAGAAAACUGGCAACAAACUUAAAUUCAACCAAAAUAAAUGUUCAUACCUAUGUGAUGUUACUCUGAAAUCGGAAGAUGGGAAAGAGUUUCCUUGCCAUAAAAGUGUCCUCUGUGCGAGGCAAGAAUACUUCCACAGUAUGCUUGGCAAUCCUUGGAUUGAGGCUACAUCCUGUACUGCACUUCAGAUGCCCACCUCCUCAGACAUUCUGCAGGUUAUUCUCGAGUAUAUUUACACAGAUGAUUCCCCCACCAUUAAAGAGUCAAUGAAUGUGGCGUUCGUCUGCGACGUGCUUGUUGUUGCCGAUCAGCUGCUGAUCCCACGAUUAAAGGAAAUGUGUGAGGUUGCCAUCACAGAGAAUUUAACUCUGAAAAAUGCAGCCGGUUUGCUGGAGUUUGCCAGCAUGUACAACGCCGAGCAACUUAAACUCUCCUGCUUCCAGUUCAUUGUGCUGAACAUGACUGCGCUACUUGAGUCAAAAGCACUUGAUGGUCUUAGUGAUGAAGUGCUUCUGGAGCUUUCUGCAGCCUACAAGAGGAUGAUCCCAGCAAUGCAAAGGAGAGUUGUCACACCGUAUGCUGACGCCCCGGAUCUCAGUAUGUAUGAAGAUGAAGAUAUUGACUCUGCCUUCAGCCCCAAACUAGAAUCAGAACUGGACCAAUCCAGCAGGGAAGUAUUUUUCAGGAAAGCCAAGAUGAAGGCAAGAAAGAAACCAAGACGACGCUCUGACAGCUCAGGGGGGUACACUCUGUCGGAUAUUAUUCAAAGCCCCCCCGCUGCAGCAUUUUCCCCAUGCCUGAUCAAGACGAGAAAAGGCACCUCCACAGAAUCGCUGCAGGAGCUGCUCACAUCAGACUCUGAGGGUAGCUGCAUGGGGCUGGGAAGCCCCAGAGAUGUGCAGUCUCCAGUCUUUCAUGAAAGAGCUGUGGAGGAGAGGGUCUUGUGUCAGAGGAUGAAGACCCCACCCAACACCUUAACAAGGAAUGGCCUCCCAACUCCCCCUAGCUCUGGUCCAAAAGAUAUCCCAAAGAACCUUCAGAGACCUUCCGAUCCACCUCCAGUCUUGGAUCUUAGAGCCAUCAUGGACAUGGAAGCCAACUCUGUGCAGACCUUCAAGGCAGCUCCUAAAAGCCCUGCAAGUGUCAGCACCCUCUGCAAAUAUUCUCCUGGUCCUACUAAAUUGUCGCAAAAGCAAAGGAAGAUGUUGGCCUUGGCCAAUAAGGAGAUCAAUGUGGAGUCCACAGCACCCAAAUCCACCUCUGCAGUCACACCAUCCAAGAACAUUCGUGGGAAGACCUGGGCAACAGCAGUCCAGUCCCCACCCUCUUCAUGCUCAUUUCGGGCACUGCUUGAGGAGGAGGAGAACAUGCUCAUCAGAGCGGGGCAACCUGGAGCUCAGAGGGGCCAAAGUGUUCAACCUGUUACUAGAAGGGCGACGUUCAAAUGCGUUGAGCGCUGUGAGCUGGAGAAACCUGGGCCCUGGGUGAUGGCUGCAGUGGGAAGCCCGCCCCUUCCCUCUCUGGUGACCUUUGCUUCCAUCGUGGAGGAGGAGCGGCAGCAGGAAGCGGCGCUAAUCCGAAGCCGAGAGAAACCGCUGGCUCUCAUCCAGAUUGAAGAGCGAGCUAUUCAAGACCUUCUGUUCCAUUACCAGGCACAUGACAACACCGAUGAGCUGAUCUUGGUGGAGAGGGCCUCCUCUGGUCCCAUGGCAGCUCCAAUAUGGAACAAACAUUGAUUACUCACCACACUAGAGCUGUGAAGUGAGAGGAUUGUUUGCUGUGUGCUAAUCUCAUGCGCUCAUAGUUUAGAAAGCUAUGCUACUAUCUGCACAGUGUUUCAUCAAAUUGUCCCCAUUUGCUGCAUUGUGUUGUUAAUUGUGUGUCACAGGGUAAAUGAUGUCCAGAAUAAGUAAAUGUACUCUCACUGAGGCGUUUGAGCGAGGGCCAUUUUUGUGAGUUGCUCACAUGGCUUAAGUUAACUCUUCCCAUUGUUAUUAUGUGAUGUUGCCAAAGAAACCAAAUGGAGACGACGGAGGCACACACAGAAUGCACAGUACGGAACGUGUCCAUGAUCUUGAAAGUUUGGAGUGCCAACUAGAAAAUGGCAGUAUGUUAAAUUCUUUCCACACACGUGUUUUUUUCUAGAUAAUUCAGCUGAUUGGUUUGCAGUGGUGUUAUGAUGUCAUUGGCAUUAACUGAUCCAAAAGUGGAGUGAAUCAAAUUUCUGUCGCUCUUCCAAUCCAUGGUUUGGUGUUCUAGUGACAUAAUACAUAUUAGCAGGGCUGAUUUUGUGGAGCUGGCUUUGAUGCCUCAGGUUUGUAAGAAGGUGCUGUGCUGUUAUCAAACUCUAUAAGCUUCAGCAGCUUCUAGUUAAAUUUAUUUUACGUCCGUAUUUACGUAUGUGACUUUUUCUCUUCAGCCAGUAGGUACCUUUGCUAAACCACGUGAUAUUGAGUUUGUGUGAUUGGGUUGUAUUUGUAUUACGGAGACUUAUAGCUGAAAAAUGACAUACAAUAAAGUAUCUCACCUGUGCAAUGA